CGAAACAGCACAAAAGUGCAUAAACAACACUGCUGAAGUCAACUUUUUUGCCAGGUCCAUGGUUCAGUGCACUUUAGCACAUUGAUUUAGUUUUAAAAAUGGUAAUCGCUAUCGGCUUUGAAGGUAGUGCCAAUAAAAUCGGGGUUGGAAUAGUCCGCGAUGGAGAAGUUCUUGCCAACGUGCGCGAAACGUACAUCACACCACCCGGAGAAGGUUUCCUCCCUAAAGAAACCGCUCAACAUCACCGGUCGAAAAUUCACGAUAUACUGAAAAGGGCGCUGGAAGCAUCAGGUGUGAGUCCGGGUGACAUCGACGUUGUAUGUUACACCAAAGGCCCGGGUAUGGCACCGCCACUCUUAGCGGUCGCUAUCGUGGCCAGAACGGUUGCCCAAAUUUGGAACAAACCGAUUUUAGGAGUCAAUCACUGCAUCGGUCAUAUAGAGAUGGGUCGGCUGAUAACCAAGGCUCAAAACCCAACGGUAUUGUAUGUUAGCGGUGGAAACACCCAGGUUAUCUCGUACGCCUGCAAGCGUUAUCGAAUUUUCGGCGAAACCAUCGACAUCGCAAUCGGAAAUUGUUUGGAUCGGUUCGCACGAAUUAUUAAGCUAUCUAAUGACCCUAGUCCAGGAUAUAACAUCGAGCAGUUGGCCAAAAAGGGUUCCAAAUAUUUGGCCUUGCCUUAUUCCGUCAAAGGAAUGGACGUUAGCUUUUCCGGAAUCCUAUCAUUUAUAGAACAGAAAGCUAGACCAAAAGGCAAACAACAAAAAAAGAAGGCUGAAAAGGAUGAUGCACGAUGGUCCGACGAGGAUUUAUGUUUUUCCCUGCAGGAGACACUUUUUGCUAUGCUGAUAGAAACGACGGAAAGGGCCAUGGCUCACUGUGGAAGUAACGAGGUGUUGAUCGUGGGAGGAGUUGGCUGCAACGAGAGGCUACAGCAAAUGAUGGGCAUUAUGUGUGAAGAGCGAGGCGCCAAGUUGUUCGCAACAGAUGAACGUUUUUGUAUCGACAACGGCGUAAUGAUAGCCCAUGCUGGUUGGGAAAUGUUCCGCAGUGGUACGCGGAUGAAAUGGGAUGAAGCCACUAUUACACAGCGUUAUCGUACCGAUGAAGUGGAAGUUACAUGGAGGGACGAUUGAGAUAAUUUUCAGUGGAAUAUUUUUGAAAGUUCAUUUUUGACGAUUAUAAAUUAAAUUAAAAACAAUUAAA